GUUGUCGAGGGGAAGACCUCACCGAGACAUGGAUUCGUUUUGACAAGGAUUCGUGAAGGGUUGUGAAGAAGUGGAGCAUCGAGGUCGCCGAGCUCAUAAAUCUCCGAACCAAUGAAAGCCUGACAAAUGAAAUUUCCUCUGGAGGGUUGAUUUGCUUUGCCUGCAUGCACAAAUGGAGGCUCGCGGCAUCGUCUUGCAGGGUCGUCUUCCUUGCAAUUCCAGUGUUUGCGUGCAGCGGAAUUGCAGCUCCGUCCUUUUGCAGCGGAAUGGUGAAGGAUACGGGGUUUUGGUGAAGAGCAGGAGGAAUGCAUGGUUAUCUGGAGGAGUGGGUGGUGUUUCUGGGUCCCUCGUGCCCCGUAGAGGUAGGGGUGUAAGAAUUUUGAGCUUGUGGGCUGGGAGGAAUAGCAAGGGGAGAGGACGGCUUGAGGUGAGGUGCAAUGAGAGUGAUGAAGUGGACAUGCCUCCCGAGGACCCAGCUUACACUAGCUACGUCGAUCCCAAUACUGGCGCGCCUUCGCCUUCUUACGGUACCAGGGCGCCUUUGCCCCCUUCUGCAUACUGGGGAGAUGAUGCGAAGCGCGUUGCGAGGUCGGGGCAGGCGUCUACUCCUAGAGAUAGAGGGGAAAUGACUCGUGGCAGUGCAAGGUCUGGUAGGGAUGAUGUUUCCGGUAGAAGGAGCCGAAACGCUCAGAGGGUGCCGAAUGAAUUUGAAGAGGAAUUCGAAGAGGAGUUAGAAAAGGAAGUAGAGGAGGAGGAGGAGGAGGAGGAGGAGUUGGAGUCUGGUGAUCAUGACGAGGAGGAAGAGGAAGAUUCCGGAAUUGUUUCCCAGAGAAAAGAAGGUCUUGUGCCCGAGUCGGACGAGCCAUUGGCAAACGAUGAGCUGUGGUGGAAUUUUCAGAAACCUCCCAAAGAUAAGGAGCCUUGGAGUGCAUGGCAGAAGCGCAUGGGUGACAGUGACAGUGUUAUGGCAGCAGCAAUGGCAAAAGCGGGUCAAAUUGAGCUCUUUGGUGAUAAACCCACGAUUGCUGAGGCCAGUUUAGCGCGAGCCAGGAAGCGCGUGUUUUACGAGGAGCGAAUGCGGAAAGAGGAAGAACGCAGAGAAGAGGUUGGAGCGGUGGCGUAUUACCAUGAAUGGGUGGAAAAAUGGAAGAAAGAUACCUCAAACGUGGCUGUUGAAGAUACGUCAAAGGUAACUGGUGAAGGCGUUGUGGAUCAGCUGCUGGAUAUGUUACAACAUCAAUCUCAGAGAGAAUACCGACGCAUGCAGGGAACCGAUUUUCGGAUUGCUCGUGAUCCUUUAACUUUGCGUAUGCCUGAAGAGGAAAUUAAACAAGUUUGGGGAGGAGAUCCCGUUUAUCCGACUAAAAAUUACGAACAGGAUCCAGAUGCUGUUGCUGACUAUCGGAAUGAGAACUUGCAUGAGCCUACACCAGACAUCGUUGACAAAUUGCAAGAUGACGGCAUACUAAUAACACGGGAAGAACUCCAGGAAAUAUUGGACAGAGAAGAGAGAGAAGAAAGAGAAAAAGAGCUGCUUGAGGAUGACGACGAUGGAAUGAUAGGAGCCAUUGAUAUUGGUGAUAAAGAGGAUGACGAGGAUGAAGAUGAUGAGGACGAGUUGGAUGAGGAGGACGAUGACAAUUUCCAGGAUGAUGUAGCUUGGAGAGCGAGUAUUAGCCAACAUCAACUUCCAUCUGGGAAGCCAAAGGCUAGUAGAGAAGCCAAGAGACUGUCACCUGCCAUUGAUUUGUUGGACCAAAUAGAUAGUUCCGAUUUACUAGAAUAUGUUGGUGAAGAGGAAGACGGUGAAGAUAGCUCCAAGGAGCUAAAAAAUUAGGUCAUGUCUACUUACAUAAUUUGAUAACUUCAAACAUCUCAGCUAUUUCAGAACAGUAGGAAAUUAACCAAGCGACAGGUACCUUAUGUACAUGAACAAAUGUUCCAUGAAGACUCUUGAUAUGCAAUCGUUGGCCUCAGCUUCACAAUGGAGCGUUUCAAGGUAGGUGGAUUCCCCUUUGGCAUCCUCUAGUGUGUAUAUAUACCUUGGUUCUUGACGUGGUUCUUGUUAGCACAUUAUCCAAGAAUGCCGGCUUUUAGUUGCUGUUUCUCCUUCGUUGAGAACAGUAUAGAGAUUAGGAUGUAAGUUUCCUCUUUGCUGUGGCUGUUGCUCACAAGGCACUUUUCUAAUUCAACGUUUUGUUAUCGUCCAUGUUGAGAUACAUGUGCGAUGUGAAAACUGA